AACACCCUAAUACCUCUGCGGGUAGGUCUUCGAGCCAAACAAAUAACAGUAAUAAUAAAAACGAAUAACUAUAUAUAUUACCUUUGUUACCACCCAUCAUUUGGUGAAUCGACGUUUGCAUACCCUAUAAAAUGUUCAGAUGGUUUUUACUGUUACAAUUAAUUGUAUGGACUCCACUAAUUAAUACCAUGCAUUUUCGGAAUUUCCCAACGACAAUAACGGUUUUUCACUGAACUGGUCAAACACAAAGAGCUUAUUCUCUCCCUUUUCUCUCUCUCUUCACUUCCCCCCUCAUUCUGAGGCUCUUUUCCACUUUCCACUUCCAUCACCAAAUUCUCAAAAACAACACCACCAUGAAACUAGAACAACCCAUCAAGAGAAAACGGAAAAUUAGCCAGGAAAAAACCCCAAAAAGUACUGCACCAGCCAAACGCACAUGACCUGUUUGAUUAAUGGCCACUGUGGGUGUUCUUGGACCUGCUGCCCUUCUGAUCUGCUGCGUUCUCUUCAUCAUCUCUCCCAUGUCAUCUUCUGUUUCUGAUUCCGAGGCUUUGCUUAAACUCAAGGAAUCGUUUACAAACGCUGAGGCUCUCGAUUCGUGGAAGCCGGGCUCCGAGCCUUGUGAUAAAGAUAAGGAGUUGUGGGAAGGUCUUGUUUGUACCAAUGGCAUUGUCACUGGUCUUCGUCUUCAAAAAAUGGGUUUGUCCGGGAUUAUUGAUAUAGACGCGCUGGUUCAAAUGCCUGGCCUUCGGACUCUUAGUAUUGUGAACAAUUCUUUCUCGGGUGCAAUUCCACAAUUCAAUCGCCUUGGCGCUUUGAAGGCCAUUUACCUGUCGGGGAAUCAGUUUUCGGGUGACAUUCCAUCGGACUACUUUGCAAAAAUGGAGUCUUUGAAGAAAGUGUGGCUUCCGAGGAACAACUUCACGGGUGGAGUUCCAUCUUCAUUGGCUAACGUGGAUAACCUAAUUGAAUUACAUCUUGAAAACAAUCAAUUUUCAGGUGCAAUUCCCGCAUUUGGACAAACCACAUUGGCAUCACUUGAUCUAUCAAAUAAUAAUUUGGAAGGGGAAAUUCCAGCUAGUUUGUCAAAAUUUAAUUCGAGCUCAUUUGAAGGAAACCCCAGGCUCUGCGGGGCAAAAUUAGGUAAAAGGUGUGCUCGGGCAGAAAGUCCAAAAGCGCCUGAGCCAAGUAGCGACAGUUCUUCCUCUAAUACACUUGCUGCUAUAGUGCUCAUGUCUGUGGCUGUGUUGUUUUUAUUGCUCAUGGUUGUGGCAAUUAUGGUGAUGAGGAAAAGGCAAGAGAGGUUCACUGUGCUUGAAAAAGAAAAUCUUGAUGACUCAGUCGAGGUGCACGUAUCAACUUCAACUAAAAAGGAUAUGGAUACAAGCCGGAAAGGAAUGGGGUCAAGCCGUAAGGGAACGAACUAUGGCAAGGGUGCUCCGGAUCUAGUGCUGGUAAAUGAUGAGAAGGGUGUAUUUGGGUUGCCAGAUUUGAUGAAGGCAGCUGCAGAGGUGCUUGGAAACGGGACAUUGGGAUCGUCAUACAAGGCCAUGAUGUCUAAUGGGAUGACUGUGGUAGUGAAGAGGGUAAAAGAUAUGAAUAAGUUGGGAAAAGACGGAUUUGAUGCAGAGAUCAGGCGGCUUGGACAACUACGACACCAGAAUGUCUCGCCACCAUUAGCUUACCAUUAUCGCAAAGAUGAGAAGCUAAUAGUCUAUGAGCACGUUCAGAAAGGCAGUUUGCUUUAUCUAUUGCAUGGUGAUCGUGGACCUAGUCAUGAUGAGCUCAACUGGCCUACCCGUCUAAAGAUUGUUCAAGGAAUUGCCCGAGGGUUGGGUUAUCUUCACACUGAACUUGCUUGCUUUGACUUGCCCCAUGGCAAUCUCAAAUCAAGCAAUGUUCUUAUUGGCUCUAACUAUGAGCCAUUCCUUGCAGAUUAUGGAUUUUGUGCGUUAGUUAACACCAACCAAGCUGCGCAGUCACUGUUUGCCUACAAAUCUCCAGAGGCUGCAAAAAGCCGCCAGGUUUCUCCCAAGUGUGACGUGUAUUGUCUAGGAAUUGUCAUUUUUGAAAUCCUUACAGGAAAAUUUCCUUCCCAAUAUCUCAACAACGGCAAGGGUGGGAUUGAUGUAGUCCAAUGGGUAAAAACAGCGACUUCAGAAGGGAGAGAAGCAGAAUUAUUUGAUCCAGAAAUUGCACACUCUACAAGUUCUCGAGGUGAUAUGGAGCGGCUCCUCCACAUUGGUGCAGCUUGCACUGAAAUUAACCCCGAGCAGCGGCUAGAUGUUAGAGAGGCCAUUAGAAGGAUAGAAGAGAUAGGAAUAGAGGGAGCCAAAGACGGGAAAACAUUCCAAGUGCAGCCAUCAUUGCGAGAUGGAUAUACUGAAUCACCGGCAUCUCCGUUUUAUGUAUCAAUUGUGAGAGAAAGUAAUAAUGAGCUCUCUGGGAGGAGAUAUGAUAGGUUUGGAGAUUAGUCAGGACAAUGUCAUAGUGAUAAAUUUGCCUCGACAUACCAAUGAUUGAUGUACGGCACUGUAUAGAGAAUUGUUCUCUUGGAACUGAAAAAGGCAGGACAUGAGUAUAUGGAACUUCUAGGGAGAAAUGAGAAUGACUAACCUCUGGAAUGAUUUCUAGGUCCCUAUCACAGAAAUUUUCGUGUAAAAGGUGAGGAUGUAUAUACAAUGUGUAUGCUGUACUCAUGUAGAUUUGAUCAGUAUUUAAUCUUUCUGAAGAAUCCAGGUUGAAAAAGUACUUGAGCAAAUGAGAUAUUAUUGCUUGGAGUGGUGUUAGCAGA